CUGCCGGAACUAGGUGCAUCAAUAAUUGAUAGACCAUUUGUGAAGCCUUGACCAGCUUUGGCAUGCAGAACAAGGCCGAGCAAAGUAAUGAAUAGCAGGAGCAGAUGCUGGAGGCGGACCUGCACCAAUUGCAUCUUUUUGAAGAGCGUGAAUGCGGCCAAAAUAAGAGGCUAUAUGGAAAGCAAAGCAAAGAACGAACGAAAGGAACAGCAAUAUUCAAGUUCUGCCAUUUUGUGUGCAACCGACAGCUUGGGACUGAUUGAAGGAACAAUCACAGUAACCAGGUUCGCGGUGUAAUUUCGGUGAAGGCUUAGAAUGAACCGGAGCGGUAGAUUUGCCUUAUUAGGCUCAGGAACCUCCGGCCUCAAUGAUCGGUUGUCGUUUCCUUUCUUUCUCUGCUGUUGUCCACCAUCAUGCCUUCAGUGGAUGCACCCCCGCCGUCACCAAUGAAACGACCUCUUUAUGAAUCCAGUACACAAUACAAAAACUGGAGAUAUUCUCCAGAACGUCUGAGCCAAAUUAGGUCAACGAUGAACGAAGCAGCAGUUGGUGUGAUUCGGAAGACCUUCGAAGCAUACGAGCCGGGAUCAUCCUCAAAUGUCUCGUUUGUCAAUGCCCACGAGGAGCAUCUCCUGGUAACAUUCUACGUUCACAAGAUCAGUCAACUAUGUGGGCAUUUCCGUUUUCCCGAAGAAGUUGAAGCGACAGCUACGAGUUAUCUGAAACGGUUCUAUUUGAAAAACACGGUCAUGGAUUGGCAUCCAAAGAGUGUCAUGCUAACCGCUCUGUUUCUUGCUACCAAGACGACAAAUAAUCCGAUAUCCCUAGAUGUGUAUGCAUCACAUAUACCCAAUACUGUUGCUUCGGAUGUCCUGGACCUUGAAUUUCUUGUCGCGCAAAGUCUUGCAUUCGAGUUUGCAGUAUGGCAUACACAUCGUGCAUUAUGGGGUAUAUGGCUAGAUAUUCAGAAUCUUUCCGAUUCUCUGCCUGAUAUUUCGAAAACGCAAGGCUCAAUAUACGAAUCUGCUCUCAUUCAUGUUCGCGCCGCGCGAUUAACGGAUGCAGAAUUCAUCUAUACACCCUCACAAAUUGCUCUCGCCUGUAUAUCUCUCACCGCCCCAGACCUCGCCAAGAAAUGGCUCGAAUCUAAAGAAAAUAUACCGCUUCCGGAGAACCGAACAGAUAUUCCACCUCGACCUUCAGCAACAACACUAUUUGCAUCGAUCGAAGCCAUCAAAAGCAUAAUCACGAAUGCCGGCAAAGUGCCAGAUGUUGAAGCGGUGCGGGAAGUGGACCGAAGAUUGAGAACGUGUAAAAAUCCGGAAAAGGUGGUUGGAACCAAGGCGUAUCUAGCACGAAAGGCAGAGGCUGAAAAAAAGGCUGAGGAAAAGAAGAACAAGAAGGCUGAGAUUCAGAAAGCAAGUGGUGCUGCCGAUACAGAUCCGUUCGGGGACCCACUAUCUGAGCCAGUCAAACCUGGUUUAGUGGAUUAUGAUGAUGAUGAUGAUGAUGACUAGAGGAAUGUACAUAAAACAUCUGCCAGGGUCUGGCUUUUGAAUUACAUGUAGAACACCUCGGAUAUUGUAUUGAAUAGGGUAUGUAUGUUGCUCAGAAGCCUUGAAGAAAAAUCAGAGUUUCGGCAGAUGAGAUGGAUAAAAGAUUUACAGCAGUCGCAGUCAAAGGGGCAAAGUGGUGUAU